AGGAUCGGAAAUGGAGCAAAAGCAAAAGAAUCAAGUAUGGAAGCUAAACAACAUCAAAAAAGACAAAAAGAAUUAGAUGAAGAAGCUAGUAAUUGGAUUUUUCACGAAAAUAACCAAUCUUCACCACCUAACACAAUUGACCUUCAUGGUUUAUACGUAAAAGAAGCUUUGGAACGUGUUGAAACUGCGAUUUCAAGAGGACAAAAAAUGAAACAAAAAGAAUUAAAAGUUAUUGUUGGUAAAGGUAUACAUAGUCAAGGACAUGUAGCAAAGGUUAAACCUGCUGUGGAAGGGUUGAUGAUGAAAUACAACCUCUCCGCCCAUCUCGACCCAGAUAAUCCUGGUGUUCUCAUCGUUCAUCUUACCGGAUCGGACGGGAUGAACCCCAAUGGAAAUUCAAGAGAGAUAGGAAGUUUCGUAGAUAAUUUAGGGGAGAAAGGGAAUGAUGGAUGUUUGAUCAUGUGA